UACCAUUCACCCACCUGCCACCCCUGGGUGUCACAGAGUGGCAGGGCAUGGCAGAUUCUUGCCGGAACCUCACCUACGUGCGAGACUCGGUAGGACCUGCCACCAGCACCCUGAUGUUCGUGGCCGGCGUGGUGGGCAACGGGCUGGCACUGGGCAUCCUGGGUGCGAGAAGGAAGUCACACCCAUCGGCCUUUGCAGUGCUGGUCACUGGGCUGGCGGUGACAGACCUUCUGGGCACGUGCUUCUUGAGCCCCGCAGUGUUCGUGGCCUAUGCUCGAAAUAGCUCCCUGCUGGGCCUGGCCCACGGUGGGUCGGCGCUGUGUGACACGUUUGCCUUUGCCAUGACUUUCUUUGGCCUGGCCUCCACGCUCAUUCUCUUUGCCAUGGCUGUGGAGCGAUGCCUGGCACUUAGUCAUCCUUACCUGUACGCCCAGCUGGAUGGGCCACGCUGUGCCCGCUUGGCCCUGCCUGUCAUCUAUGCUUUCUGUUGCCUCUUCUGCUCUCUGCCCCUGCUGGGCCUGGGCGAGCAUCAGCAGUACUGUCCCGGGAGCUGGUGUUUCAUCCGUAUGCGCUCCACCCAGCCUGGUGGCUGUGCCUUCUCCCUGGCCUAUGCCAGUCUCGUGGCCCUGCUGGUGACUUCCAUCUUCUUCUGCAAUGGCUCCGUCACUCUCAGCCUCUGCCACAUGUACCGCCAGCAGAGACGCCACCAUGGCUCAUUGGUGCCUACCUCUCGGGCCCGGGAGGACGAAGUUGACCACCUGAUUCUGCUGGCCCUCAUGACAGGCAUCAUGGCUGUGUGCUCCCUGCCUCUCACGAUCCGAGGCUUCACCCAGGCCAUUGCCCCGGACAGCAGUGAGAUGGGGGACCUCCUCGCCUUCCGCUUCAAUGCCUUCAACCCCAUCCUGGACCCCUGGGUCUUCAUCCUUUUCCGAAAGGCUGUCUUCCAACGCCUCAAGCUCUGGCUAUGUUGUUUAUGUGCCCGUUCUGUCCAUGGGGACUUACAGACAACCCUUUCCCGGCCCUCAUCGGGGAGAAGAGACCCACUGGCUCCCACUGCUCUCCAGGCUAAGGAAGGGAACUGGGUGCCCCUGACAUCCUGGGGCACCGGGCAGGUGGCACCAUUGACUGCUGUGCCUCUGUCUGGAGGCGACAGCUGCUCCGUGGGAAAGCCAUCCAAAAGAGAAGCUAUGGUUGCUUGCUCUCUCUGCUGA